CUUGCGGCCUCACAAUGGCUCAUGCUGUUGCCUGAAGUACACUCUGCUCAGCACUUUAAAAGCUCUUGGUGCUUUACCUCAUGCAUUCGUUCAGUGUGGCACACAUCGUAAGCACCACACCUUGCAGUCUUUCCAAUGCACAUUGUCACGAUGCACCCUUACCGUCCCUUUUUCCUUCUCUUUGCACUGAUCCUCGACCUCACAAGUGCUCAACAGUACGCAGGUGACUAUAUUAACAACUCCCUUCCGUUCGUGCCCGGCGCGGAGGUCACGUACUGGAAAAUCCACAAUGGCUCUUACAGCAACCUCACCUUGAUCAACCACGUUGACCACGGAAGCAAUGGCGAGCGUCUCAUCAGUUCCAAGAUCAAGCGUGCAACCAUAAUAAUUCAUGGUUUGAAUCGAGAGACCCUGGCACUUACAUGUCUAACGGAACUGAGUGCCCUCGCUAAGGUACCUAACUCCGACAUUAACACCGAUUCGGUAGCCAUAGUUGCGCCCUACUUUCCUAAUGGCGAUGACAAGUGGACAACCGGCUAUCCUUGGGUCAACGGCCUCAAGCCCGCUCAAGGAUCAAUCACCAACUGCUUGGUCUGGUCUGGCUCGCAGUGGUCGGCCGGUGGUGCCAACCAAUACCCCUGGACUUCCAGCAAGAAUAUUUCGAGCUACACUUCUUGAUCAGAUGAUACAGUAUUUCGAUAAUGCAACAGUGUUUCUGAACAUGAGGCAGAUUGUGGUCGCAGGCCACUCCCUUGGUGCACAAACUGUCCAGCGUUAUGCACUGUCCAGCGUUAUGCACUG